AUGGAUUUGAAAGGGAAAUCCUGUAUUGGUUUUACCAAAGUUACCAAACCAGAAGAAAUAGGUAAGGGUAGAUUAUCAAACACAAGCACCAAAAACACAGCCCCAGAGCCAUGCAUUUACGUAGUAGGCCACAACAAAAAGAAGCUCUACCGAGUGUCUCUCUAUGGUGUGUUUGACGGGCAUGGAGGAGUAAGAGCCUCGAGGUUUGCAUCAGAGAAUUUGCAUAAAAAUCUCCGAGAUAAAUUUCCUAAGGGUGAUAUCACUGUAGUGGAGAAAGAUAUCAGGAAAGCUUUUAUUGAUUCAUUUAAAAAGACUGAUGAUGAUUUUCUGAAGUUGGCCACCAAAUCGAAGCCUGUAUGGAAGGAUGGUACAACAGCCAUCCUGGUUCUCCUCAUCAAUGAGAGUAUGUACAUUGCUAAUAUUGGAGACAGCCAGGCUGUGUUAUGUCGUUACAAAGAGGAUACAAAGACAUGUGUGCCAGUGCCCCUCAGUGUGCCUCACAAUCCCUCUUUAUAUGAUGAGAGGAUGAGAAUACAAAAACAAGGUGGACAUGUGAAAGAUGGUCGAGUGAUGGGAGUGCUAGAAGUGUCAAGGUCAAUAGGAGAUGGACAAUAUAAGAAAUUGGGGGUAACAUGUACUCCAGAUGUGAAAAAAUGUGCUCUCACAGACAAUGACAGGUAUGUGAUAAUAGCCUGUGAUGGUCUGUGGAAAUGUUUUGAACCAGUGGAUAGUAUCAAGUUCACAAACAGUAUUUUAGAGGAAGACUGUCCCAAAGAUACAGAAGAUAAUAAAUCAGGAAAAAACAAUAAAUAUGAAACUGCUUGUAAUAAAUUAGCCAAUGAGGCGGUACUACGGUUCAGUGGAGACAAUGUUACGGUGCUUUUAUUAGCCAUAAGGAAGUGUAGAUGAGACUGUAUCAGAACACAUUUACUUUGGGAAAAUAGAAACGUGGUUCAACUUGCUGUGAAAUCAUUUAAUUUCGUGGCCAUUAAAUUUUGUUUUGGCCUAAAAGGCCAUUUUUAUGGGACAUGAAUUUUUGGAAAUCAACUUUGAACAUGAAAUGAAUGUGAUUUUUUUCUUGUUCCCUCAAGGUUUAAUUUUGUGGGUUGACUCAACCAUGAAAUCCACAAACAUUAAUUUCCCACAAAUAUUAAUGAUCUACAGUAUUUGUUAAAGGGGCUUACCUCUGGAUUUAUGUUAGUUUUUCGAGGUAAUUUGUUAGUAAUUGUAAAAUUCAAGUGAAUUUGUGAGUUCUAGGCAAGAUUUAUUGAUGAAAAGCAAUGUUGAAUUUAUUGUAAUGAGUAGAAUAGCUAUUUAAAUAUAAAUGUGUUAGCCUCACUGUAAGAACUUUUUUUUUGAGUUUAGGCUGCACUUUAAAACAUAUGAAAAUAAUGAAAUUUUUUCUAAUAUUUUGUAGAAGUUGCAUAAUUACGUUUUAAACGAAAAUCAAUAUUAUGAUACUACUCGGGAGGAAAUAAUGAUUUAACCAGGCGUAUAAUUGUAAAAUUGACAGUUUUGCAAACUAAGCAGCUGAAUUACUCCAUCCUUUAAUUACAAGUGGAUUUCCUCAGUCUUGUAAAGGGAACUAGUUUAAAAAUAGUAAAUAAGGGCCUGUUUGAUAUUGCGCUGUGUUGGAACUCGAUCGUUUAUAAAUUCAUACUUAAAGGUAAUGGUAUACUUGCAGACAUAAUUUUUGCAUGAGGUCUGAAAUAUUUAAUAUUCUUUCAUAAAAACUACUUUUUUGACUGGAUCUGGGCAGUAUUGUACUAAUGGGAGAAACAUUGCAUAUUAAGAAGGCAAUUCAUUGGAUUUUUAGCUCACCUGUCACAAAGUGACAAGGUGAGCUUUUGUGAUCGCGCGGUGUCCGUCGUCCGUGCGUGCGUGCGUGCGUCCGUCCGUAAACUUUUGCUUGUGACCACUCUAGAGGUCACAUUUUUCAUGGGAUCUUUAUGAAAGUUGGUUAGAUUGUUCAUCUUGAUGAUAUCUAGGUCAAGUUCGAAACUGGGUCACGUGCCGUCAAAAACUAGGUCAGUAGGUCUAAAAAUAGAAAAACCUUGUGACCUCUCUAGAGGCCAUAUAUUUCACAAGAUUUUCAUGAAAAUUGGUCAGAAUGUUCACCUUGAUGAUAUCUAGGUCAAGUUCGAAACUGGGUCACGUGCCGUCAAAAACUAGGUCAGUAGGUCUAAAAAUAGAAAAACCUUGUGACCUCUUUAUAGGCCAUAUAUUUCACAAGAUCUUCAUGAAAAUUGGUCAGAAUGUUCAUCUUGAUGAUAUCUAGAUCAAGUUUGAAACUGGGUCACGUGCCGUCAAAAACUAGGUCAGUAGGUCUAAAAAUAGAAAAACCUUGUGACCUUUCUAGAGGCCAUAUAUUUCACAAGAUCUUCAUGAAAAUUUGUCAGAACGUUCACCUUGAUGAUAUCUAGGUCAAGUUCGAAACUGGGUCACGUGUUGUCAAAAACUAGGUCAGUAGGUCAAAUAAUAGAAAAACCUUGUGACCUCUCUAAAGGCCAUAUUUUUCAUGGGAUCUGUAUGAAAGUUGGUCUGAAUGUUCAUCUUGAUGAUAUCUAGGUCAAGUUCGAAACUGGGUCACGUGCGAUCAAAAACUAGGUCAGUAGGUCUAAAAAUAGAAAAACCCUGUGACAUCACUAGAGGCCAUAUAUUUCAUGAGAUCUUCAUGAAAAUUGGUCUGAAUGUUCAUCUUGAUGAUAUCUAGGUCAAGUUUGAAAGUGGGUCACGUGCCUACAAAAUCUAGGUCAGUAGGUCAAAUAAUAGAAAAACCUUGUGACCUCUCUAGAGGCCAUAUUUUUCAUGGGAUCUGUAUGAAAGUUGGUCUGAAUGUUCAUCUUGGUGAUAUCUAGGUCAAGUUCAAAAGUGGGUCACGUGCCAUCAAAAACAAGGUCAGUAGGUCAAAUAAUAGAAAAACCUUGUGACCUCUCUAAAGACCAUAUUUUUCAUGGGAUCUGUAUGAAAAUUGGUCUGAAUGUUCAUCUUGAUGAUAUCUAGGUCAAGUUCGAAACAGGGUCAUGUGCGGUCAAAAACUAGGUCAGUAGGUCUAAAAAUAGAAAAACCUUGUGAACUCUCUAGAGGCCAUACUUGUGAAUGGAUCUCCAUAAAAAUUGGUCAGAAUGUUCACCUUGGUGAUAUCUAGGUCAAGUUUGAAACUGGGUCAUGUGCCGUCAAAAACUAGGUCAGUAGGUCAAAUAAUAAAAAGACCUUGUGACCUCUCUAGAGGCCAUACUUUUCAUGGGAUCUGUAUGAAAGUUGGUCUGAAUGUUCAUCUUGAUGAUAUCUAGGGUAAAUUUGAAACUGGGUCAGCUGCGAUCAAAAACUAGGUCAGUAGGUCUAAAAUUAUUAAAAUCUUUUGACCUCUCUAGAGGCCAUAUUUUUCAAUGGCUCUUCAUGAAAAUUGAUCUGAAUGUUCACCUUGAUGAUAUCUAGGUCAGUUUCGAAACUGGGUCACGUGCGGUCAAAAACUAGGCCAGUAGGUAUAAAAAUAGAAAAACCUUGUGACCUCUCUAGAGACCAUAUUUUUCAUGAGAUCUUCAUGAAAAUUAGUGAGAAUGUUCACCUUGACGAUAUCUAGGUAGAGUUCAAAAGAGGGUCACGUACCUUCGAAAAUUAGGUCAAUAGGUCAAAUAAUAGAAAAACCUUGUGACCUCUCUAGAGACCAUAUUUUUCAAUGGAUCUUCAUGAAAAUUGGUCAGAAUUUUUAUCUUGAUAAUAUCUAGGUCAAGUUCAAAACUGGGUCACGAGCUCAAAAACUAGGUCACUAUGUCAAAUAAUAGAAAAAACGACUUCAUACUCAAAACUGGGUCAUGUGGGAAGAGGUGAGCGAUUCAGGACCAUCAUGGUCCUCUUGUUAAUUUUUGAAAUGCUGUGUCAAGGUUGAAUAUUAAUUCUUGUACUGCAAAAACACAUGGGCCCACCAAAUACUCUGGUUGGAAUUGGGCGUUAGGAAAAAGUUUGUCGAUAACCAUGAAUGUAUUGAAUCACAUGUAAUUUGGGCAAUUGUUUAUUUUUAGGAAUCAUACAUGUGUUCAUGAUUUUGGGAAGUACAAUUGGUAUGCUUUUAUUUAAUAUCUGACAGAUGCAAUAGAAUUCAUAUAAAUCUUGGAAGGAGGUCAACCAUUUUGUACUCCGAAUAACUCCUAUGUAAAAUUAUUCUUGAAAUUGUAUUACUGUUUGCCAAAUUUUUAAGGGAUAUGCAAAACUAUGGUUAAUGUCAUGCUUGUAAUAACGAUAAAUAAAAAGAAUGGCUUAAAAACCAUGAAUUAUUAUACACGA